ACAAGACUAUGCGUACUGUAACUUGUUUUCAACCUCGUUACACCUCCGCAGAACAUCAUCUACGAGCCACUGGCACUCAUUGUAGUUGAAGGUUGGAGCCUAUCGGCAUGUCAGCGAGUUCGAAUCCCCAGUACAAUGAACGGUUCUGUGCCGCGGACGCAGACAUCACGGUCUCUUCGUCGGAUGGGGUACUAUUUAGGGUGCACAGGAACAACUUGGGGAUGCACUCCGACAUAUUCCCCGGCAGCGAGGCAGACGCCGUCCCUGUGCGGAACGAGGUUGUUACGCUGACAGAGAAGGCGUCGACGCUGGAACUACUGUUUCAGUUUAUGUACCGUCAGCGGCAGCCCGACCUGAACCAGGUGAGCGUGCAAGAGCUGGUGUUGUUAGCGGAGGCCGCAGAGAAGUAUUGCAUUUACUCGGCGAUGGGGGUAUGUAAGAUCUACGUGCGGGGGGCAAUCCCGGCAAUUCCCAUGCAGGUCUUGGUGUAUGCUGCAAGGCAUGGGUACAACGAUUUAUGUGAUGAGGCUGCUCAUUGCACCGUCGACAUUGACGCCGCUGUCGCUAUGAGAUAUCUGGACGACAGGAUGUUCCGGAAGUGGAUUCUAUAUCGCGAGAGUCGGCUGCAGUUUCUACUCAGUUUACACCGUCCAUGGACAUCGGUAACUCAGCAUGAAGGGUUCGAGGGCGAAGACUGCGAUUUGUGGCUGCCAUUUAUGGGCGAGGUCCUGCAAGAAUUCAGGUCGCUCUCGAGCGUUAACGGCGCGAAUGCGAUCUUCAACAAGUAUCGGGGGAUGCUGGACGAUUGUCAUGACUGUCAAGUGCAGCUGCGGGAAUGGGAGAAUAGGAUUAUGGCCGUACAAUACAACAAACUUCUGCCGAAUUUCACGUCAUUCGGCCCCUGAACUGUGAUUACUGAUAUGCGCAUCAUAGUGAAUUUACGAGUCUAUUGAAGCCACAGUACUCGAUGUCGGAU